AUCUACGUCUACCAAAGAUGGAUCUAUUGUGUUGAUCCAAAGCGCAUGUACACAUUUGGUACUUCAUUGGAUAGUUGCACUGAAGCUAAUGGUGAAGUAGACAUAGCAUCUGAGGCUCAUGCUGCGGGCGAACAAACAGAUCAGGAGACGAAAAGAUAA